AUGGGGCGCCGGUGGAUUAGGAACAAGAUCAAGGAGCUUAAGGGCACGCGACAAUACUCACGUAGCCAAAAGAAAAAGAAAGCUAGAGCUCGCAGACUGAAUGAUCUCGAGGGGAGAUUUCGGGUCGAAAAGAAGGAAUACACCACAGGCCCAAGAAAAUCAGCGAGCGAGGAACCCAACAGGACUUCGCCCGGCGUAGUAACCAGUGCCAUUGAGUCUUUGAAGACCGAGCUCGAGCUCGCUACAGUCAGUCCAACUAUCCCACGAAGUCCAGCACACAAGGAACCUGAGGUGAUCAAAAAGGAUUGCCUAAGAAAGCAGAGAAAUCGAAGAAACCAACGUCCGGAGAUGUGGGGGGCAAGUACUUCGCCAAGUUUUUCGAAAUUUAGGAUAGCUCUGACCUAUCCGCACCGCCCAGCCAACCACCCAAAGAGGCGCUCGAGGUGAAGAAUAUUGGAUGUCAGAAGAAAAAGAAACCAGCCAAAUUGAGUGCCUUCAACAAAUUUUGCAACUUCCGCUCGAACAUCAAAUCAUGGUUUGGAAUUUCGCAAUUGAUAACCUCCCAGCUCGAGCAAUCAACGUCCUCGCACGUGGCGGUGAUUACUUUCUCGUUGGCGGCCACACAAUACCAUUUAGCCUGGGAGUAGUCUGUAAGGACUCUCGGUGGGCUUAUAACAAGAGGUUGACCAAAAUUCCUGUAUCCAGCAGAGGGAUGAACAACCCGUUCUCAAAUCUGAGAUACAUCAAGGUUGAUCUAGAGAAAGACGUUUUACUCUUUUCCCACAAUACCUCAGCCUUCGUCCACUUGCUACCAGAUGCGAUUACGACUAACAUCAAGUAUGUAGGUAAGUGGUCCAGCUGGUCUCACGGUUAUAUCUUCUAUCGUUUUGCGUCGAAAACUUUCCAGGAAUGAAAGCUGCCGUUUGUGUUGAUGGAGAAAAAGAAGAAGACACGAGCACAGUAGGAACGGAAGGUGACUGCAGCGCCUUGUUCCCUAUGACCAGUAGGCCAAAUCACCAUUUGUCCUGGUACUUCAGAUACGAUGAUGCAGUUACCCAAUUUAAAGAAGGCUGGAGGUUUCAUUUGGAAUCCCCCUUUUCAAAUAACCUAGGACCUGAGGCAGCUGCUCGAGGAUGCCCCCCGUGUCUUCGCAUGAUUAUGAAGCGGUGUUACUAG